AUGUCCGCGUCCGGCUCCAUCCUCCGCAGCGGCUCGAAGCCGAAGCGCUCCGUGUCGUUCGAGUACCUCCCGACGACGUACGGCGCCGCGCCCGCGCGCGACGCGCCGACGGCCGCGACCUUCGCCCGCGCGUCGUCGUCGUCGUCGUCUGCUCCAUCGUCGACGUCAUCGGUCGCCUCGACGACGCGCGCGCUUCAUCACCCCUCCUCCGUCGGUCGCGCGUUGACGCUCGUCCUCGGCGCCGUCGCGCUCCUCGGCGCGUUCGUCGCGCUCGCGACGCACCACCACACCGCGAACGCGCACGCGCGCGGAGCCGGGGAGGGCGUCGUCGCGCUUUCCGCCGCCUCCGCGGCGCGCCUCGGCGUCGAGAACGAUGCAUCGAGCGGAUCGAAGAACCUCCUCGGCGGCCCCCUGCGGCCGUGCUCGGACGCGACGCAGGCGACGCAGACCGGGAUCGAUCGCUCCGGGUCGUGCGCGUGGGACCCCGACGACGCGGGGUAUCACGCGGUGUGCGUCGAGAUGGACGCGAAAUUCUUGAGCGCGAGCGCGACGCGCGACGCGAACGACCUCUCUUCCGUGGUGAAGCCAGGGGAGCGAUGGUGCGUCUGCGCGUGGGCGUUCGCAUCCGCGGUGGAGCGGGAUCCGAAGACGAUGGAAGGGCUGGAGUUGCAGUGCGACGGGAGCAACGGGAAGUUGCGCGGGGUGUACGAGUCGUUCAUCGCGCGGAAGGAGGCGCUGAAGUCCCCGAGCGGGAGGGAGUACGAGGCGGGGAAGGCGCUCGCGGCGGUGGACAGACUGUGCCCGGCGCCGCGGUGA